CUGUGCAUGUGGAGUUUCUCCCUCACUCACUUCCGGUCAAAGAUGGCGGCUCCCAUGGCAGCGCAGGCAGGGAAAGUGCUGAGGACUUUUACCGCAAGGACCAGUCUUCUCAGCAAGACUCAGGGUGUCCAAGUGUCUUCAAGAAGAUGGUUGAACCUGCAGGAAUACCAGAGCAAAAAGCUGAUGGCUGACCAUGGGGUCACUGUCCAGAGGUUCUUCGUGGCUGACAAUGCCAGUGAUGCUCUCGAGGCAGCAAAAAAGCUAAAAGCGCGUGAAAUUGUAUUAAAGGCACAGAUCUUGGCCGGAGGAAGAGGAAAAGGCGUCUUUGAUAGCGGUUUGAAAGGCGGCGUCCAUCUUACCACGGACCCGAAUAAAGUAGAAGCCCUUACAAAGCAAAUGAUCGGCUACAACCUUACGACUAAGCAAACCUCCAAGGACGGCGUCCGAGUCAGCAAGGUCAUGGUUGCAGAAGCUCUGGAUAUCUCACGGGAAACGUAUUUUGCAAUUUUAAUGGACCGGGCUUGUAACGGACCCGUGUUGGUUGGAAGCCCCCAGGGAGGUGUGGACAUCGAAGAAGUAGCUGAGAAGACACCAGAACUUAUUUUUAAGGAGGAAAUCGACAUUUUUGAAGGUGUGAAAGAUAGCCAAGCUUUGCGAAUGGCAGACAAUCUGGGAUUCAAGGGACCUCUCCAACAACAGGCUGCCGAUCAGAUUAAGAAGCUCUAUGAUCUUUUUUUGAAAGUUGAUGCCACUCAGGUUGAAGUGAACCCAUUUGGCGAAACUCCGGAAGGACAAGUCGUGUGCUUUGAUGCCAAAAUUAACUUUGACGACAAUGCGGAAUUCAGACAAAAAGAGAUAUUUGCCUUGGACGACACGUCGGAGACCGAUCCGAUUGAAAGCGAAGCCGCCCGAUACGAUUUGAAAUACAUCGGCAUGGACGGGAACAUCGCUUGCUUCGUAAACGGAGCCGGUCUUGCCAUGGCGACUUGCGACAUCAUAGACCUGCACGGUGGGAAACCGGCCAACUUCUUGGAUCUCGGAGGCGGUGUGAAGGAGUCCCAAGUCUAUCAAGCGUUUAAGCUGCUCACAGCCGACCCCAGGGUAGAAGCGAUCCUCAUCAACAUUUUCGGAGGAAUUGUCAACUGCGCGAUCAUCGCUAAUGGAAUAACGAAGGCCUGCCGGGAACUGGAGCUGAAAGUUCCCUUGGUGGUCAGACUCGAAGGAACCAACGUCCACGAAGCUAAGCGGAUCCUACAGGAGAGUGGGCUGCCCAUACUGUCCGCCAGCGACCUCGACGACGCGGCAAAGAAGGCCGUGGCCAGCGUCGCGAGAAAAUAAAGUCCUUUAGGUUUAUUGCUGUCAUUUCAAUAAAAAAAACCUCUAAAAAUGAAUGUAUUAUAUAAAAAUCUGAAUAACGUAAUUUUAUGGCAAUAUCAGGGACACACGAAGACACUUCUAUUCUGUACGUCUUGUAAGUCUUUUCUUUCAAGUGAGUAAAAUGCGAUCGGUCAGUUAUUUUAUAUAAAAAAAAAGGUAUAUUUGUAAACCUCAGUGUUAACUUUUUUAAGAGCCAAUAAUACUGGUAGACUAGAGGUGGGUGAGUUGGCCACGAAGGGCCACAAGCCAUACAAGAUCUUCGCCAAGGCUGUACAUGAGCUAGAUUGACCUCCGGAGACAUUUAUAAGGACCCAACGCCAAAAGGGAACGGAGGGGUUUUAGCCACGCGUAGCACUUGUUCCUCCCCUCCUAAAGAGGCAGGUACUGGGCUGGCGCCCACAUAAGUUGGCCAAGAUAGACCUUUUUUAUGGAGCAAAUAAAAUAUUUUUAUACCGCAAA